CGCAUUGGAUGAAAUUACAUUCGUUGUUCUGCUGCAGCACGGGGCGUUUCUUUCCUCCUUACUCUGGCAAUUUACUCUAUAUAUUAAACAAGUGAUACUACGUGGCUCCAGCUAAUAAACCUGAAAGGACGGGAAAAGAAACUAUGGCUCGACUAGAAACGACAGUGUUGAUGGCAGCGAUGUUGUACUGGGUGGCCUUGGCGGAGAAUCCUGCUUUGCCCACCUUGCAACUGUUCACCCAGACCAACUCCAAAGGGGCCGUGCUCACUAUCAACAGACCGUAUCAUAACUUGGGUGAUGUGGGCUUCGAUGACGUCACUCAGAGUAUCUGUGGCUUUGGCUUGUGGUUCUUGUAUGCAAAUGAGGGCUUCUCCAAGAAAUCAGAUUUCGUGCUUCAAUUUGCCUCUCCUUCUCGCCACUGCAAGGAUCUUGAGUUCUCUCAGAGGGAUAAGGUCACAUCAGCGCGUUACGCCGGCACUGAAGACUUCACUCACCAAACGCUGACAUUGUACAAAGACGAGAACCAGUGUGGCGAUGAGAUCUUGGUGCUGAAGGACAAUCACUACAUUUCGCACUUUAACGACGAAGCAACCAGCUUUGCCGUGACUGGGAAUUCGAACUGGACUCUCUAUGAUGACGCUGACUUUGGUGGUGACUCUGCAUGCUUGAUCCCAUUCGACGAUGCUGGCUGGUAUUACGGGGUGUGGAAUGAGGUAGGCUUGGGUAACGACGUGGUAUCGUCUGUGAAGAAGGGCUGCCACUCAGAUAACAUCGUCAAGUAUGAUCCUACAAAAUAACCAUAGCUUGCAAGCAACUCAAUAGAACGUGCUCCCCCCCCCCCCUCACCAAAUCCCAUGCCCGUUGUUGCCGGG